AUGCCCCUUCUUUCUGACAUGGGAGAGCAACAAAACAGAACCAAGCUGUCGUCGUUCUGCGUGGGGUGUGGGCUUGAGAUCCUGGACCGCUUUAUUCUGCGCGUUUCCCCUGAUCUGGAGUGGCACGCGCGGUGUCUGAAGUGCGCGGAGUGCCAUCAGUUUCUGGACGAGUCCUGCACCUGCUUCAUCAGAGACGGAAAAACCUUCUGCAGAGAACACUACAGCAGAUUAUCCACUAGCAAGUGUGCAAAAUGUGACAAAGCUUUCAUCAGCAAAGAGUUUGUAAUGCGUUCUCAAGUGAAUAUUUAUCACAUCCACUGUUUUCGAUGCGAGGGCUGCAGUCGUCCAUUACUCCCUGGAGAUGAGUAUGUUCUGCGGAAUGGUCAACUGCUCUGCACCAACCAUCAUAACAAACCAAUGAGUGCUUCUAUUAACCAACAGAAGGAGACUGACGAUCCAUCCGAGGCGAUCAAAUCCACACUGUCCUGGUCCUCAAUGCAGAGGCGAUCAGAGAGGGCGACCCGCGUCAGGACGGUUCUCAGCGAGACUCAGCUCCGCAUGCUUCAGACCUGCUACUCUUCAAAUCCCAGACCUGACGCUCUCAUGAAAGAGCAGCUGGUGGAAAUGACAGGCCUCAGUCCUCGGGUCAUUCGUGUCUGGUUCCAGAACAAGAGAUGCAAAGAUAAGAAGAGAAGUCUGACCAUGAGACACACACAGAAGCAGCUUGAGGGGCAUCUAGUUUCAGAGGAGCCGCUAUUGCUGGUCAGUUCAGAGAGUCAGGACAGUGAUGUGAUGAUUAGCCCACCAUGGAAACUACUGACCGAAUUCAUUCUGCGAAACGAAGCUGAGCACAGAUCAUUCCCACAAAUGCUGUCUUUAUCAAUGGAAGGUCCAUGUUCUGCUGGAAGUGAAGUUGCGUCAGUAUCAGACACAGCCAAAAGCCUGACAGCAAGUCCAAUAAACAUCAGAGAGUGA